AACUUGCGCAAUCUCAGCAUAAUCUACCACGUCUUAUUUUUCCUCUGUACCCGUAUCGCAGCUCUGUGAACAAGAGUCUCCACGCCUCCCCAGACCCCUUGGGACAUUUCCCCGGCUCGUCUCCGAAAAUCUACAUAGUCACCAUGGAUUUCUGUGGGCGUCAAAAAGUCGUUCGGCGCAAGAUGGUGCUCUUAGGAGAUGGCGCUUGCGGUAAAACCUCGGCCCUGAACGUGUUCACAAGAGGAUUCUUUCCAACAGUCUAGUGAGGCUCCUUCAUCCAAUUUCAAUUCUAGUAUUGACCUGCGAUGCGACAUAGUGAACCGACUGUCUUUGAGAACUACGUCCAUGAUAUCUUCGUCGAUAACGUGCAUAUGGAACUGUCGUUAUGGGACACGGCUGGCCAAGAAGAAUUUGAUCGAUUACGUGCACUCUCAUAUGAGGAUACGCAUGUCAUAAUGCUGUGCUUUAGUGUCGACAGCCCUGACUCGUUCGAAAACGUGGCCAGUAAAUGGAUCGAAGAGAUCUCGGAGAAUGUGCCUGGAGUGAAACUGGUCCUAACAGCGCUUAAGUGCGACUUGCGGAAGGACGAAUAUAUGAAUGACAACCCGAAUGUUAUCACAUACGAGCAAGGACUGGCAAAGGCGAAGGAAAUUGGGGCUGUGAAGUACCUCGAGUGCUCUGCGGUCCAAAACCGCGGCAUUAGGGAAGCCUUCUACGAAGCCGCCAAAGUUGCCCUUGAGGUGAAGGCUCAAAACACCGGCUCGUCGCAAAGCCGCUGCGUCAUUCAGUGA